AACAAAUCUACAUCAGUCAACAACAAAACAACCCACCACAGAAAGAAGUAGAUAUCAAUGCAGUAAAAAGAAAAAUUCGGUCUGAAGAAACACCCUCAUCACCAAAAAGAACUGGACAAGUACCUACAAUGACAUCAAGCACAAUGGUACUGCCACCCUUAUCAAAUAUACCAGUUAAUGUACCACAAACGCAGCCUUACCAAAAUCAGUAUGUCACAUUACCACCAGUACUUGAAACACGACAACCCCAAUCAAUGAUGGGCCAAUUUGAUAGCGAAAUGAUGCCCAUACGUGAGAUAACAAAGAAAAAUAAGGGGAAAAAGAAAAGAAGACCACCUAGAAAAUUAGAAGUGGAAGUACCUGUUGAAAAGACAUGGGACAAAUUGAGAAACACACAUAUAUCUAUUCCUUUAGCAGAAUAUCUAGCUACCAAUAGAAAAGCAGCCCAAGAUGUAAAACUAGGAAUAGCACAUUUAUACAGAAGAAAGAAGAAGAAGCAACCUGAUGCAACAGAACCCAUGAUUAUCAACACCCUCAGAACGAACAAGUUACUGGACGAACAAGCAUACAGAAACCAACUCAUUAAUAACAUACAUAUCACAGAUGAAGAUAGUGAUUAUGACACCGACUAUGAUAGUGCAGAUGAAGAAAAUAGCAGUAAUAAUAGCGAUUUCUACGACUCUGACGAAGAUAGUGAUAGUCAUGUUGAUUAUCCUUUUAAUGCAGACGAAAUGAGAUACGCACAGCCAUGUCGAGUAUUAAUUGUGAUAAACAACCAACCUGUUGAAGCAAUUCUGGAUUCAGGUGCUGCUGUUUCAGUACUUAGUGCCAAACUAGCAAAUAGAUUGGGAAUUACUCCAGACACAAGUGACUCUAUACCGCUCAGUGGAUUUGCUAGUCAUAGCAAAACCGUCAAUUGUAAAGUAGCAACAGAUGUUGAAGUCAGAAUUGGUGGCAAAUUACGUCGGGAGCAUUUUUGCAUUGAUGAAUCUGAAAAAGAGAAGAACACUUGCUUACUAGGAAGACCAUGGAUCCGUCAACAUGAUAUCAGACUGAUCAACAGAGGAACAAUGGUUGUAGUACCUACCAAAGGAGGACAUGACAACAUAGAAGUCCAGUGCUUGAUAGACAAUGAACAUAUUGACAAAAAUAGAUACAGGAAAUAGGAAAUUAGCUGAUUUUACUACUUACCAAGAAGAUGUAGUGUCGCAACCAGAAUUCUUGAAAGAAGUGUUGCCAGAAGAUAACCAAGAGUUAUCAAAAGAAACAGCUGAACUGGUUAAAAGAAGUACCAGUGAGAUCAAAACCGUACCGUUUGACCUUGGAUGAAGAAGAAAGCCUAAGAGAGGAGCUAGACAAUUUACUCAAGCUAAAUAUUAU